UUUGGUUUGCUGCUGAGCUCUGCAUUGGCCAGACGCGAGAGAUUCUCGAGUGGAUGUGGGGGCUCUCUAUCCCUCAGAUGGGGAGCACGGCCUGCUGGCCUCCCACUGGCCUCCCUUAUUCUCCUCUGUCCUCUCAGUCUCAGAUGCGGCGAGAGUGAGCGCGAGCGCGAGCGCGACAGCUAGUUGGCUAUCUGAGCCUCCUCGCCCUCGCCGGCUCCCCGUGGCAUCCCGUGUCCUCAGCUGUCCAGCUAGCUCUCCGCGGGGAGGGAACCGAGAGCGACGGGGCACUUGGAUUGGAUCCCCUCGAGACCCGGGAGUCAGGACAAGCAGGUACUCGAGACCCGGGUUUCGGCUUCUUCUUGUCCCGACGGCGAUUUCUUCCUCCCUGCAGCUUAUGCAGGGGUGCCGAGUUCCUGUCAUGUUGGACUGCUUGCUUGUUUCUUCUGCUUCGUUCAGAGGUGCUCAUGGUUCAGAUUACUGGCGUCUGGCUAGGAUAGGCACCAGCGAUCCUGAAUCCAGCGAGACCCUCUUGGCUUUUUGGGGGUUGGGUUUUGGGACAGAAAUUCCUUGCCGAUUUCUUGAUUCGCGCGGGCACGGGAGGGUGUGGAUUGUGUUCCCGGCAAAGUGCCGUCGUCCUUCCACACUUUCAGUCCAAUAUUUCCGUGGAUCUCGCGAUCGAGACGUGCGAACCACCGCUUCUUGAUUCUUUCUUUUUCGUUUCCUCGCUUUUCUUUCGAGUUUUCUUUUGCAUGCCGGGGUGGUGCUGAUGCCGAUGUGCGCCUUGCUUCAGAUAGUCGUCGCUCGGUAGAUAGAGCAUAGCCACUCUCAGUCUCACUCACUCCCCCCGCGGCGGCAUGGAGAAGGAGAAGAGGAGGAGCUGGUUCGAGCGCAUCAGGCGGCUCUUCACCUCCUCCUCCGAGCCCAAGGAGAAACCCAAACCUGACAAGAAGGCGAAGAGCAAGCGCUGGCUGUCGGGGAAGCUGAGGACGCAGCAGUCGUUCGCGCUGCCGGCGCCGGCGCCGGACCAGCAGAUCAGGCAGGCGGAGGACGAGCAGAGCAAGCACGCCGUGGCCGUCGCCCUCGCCACCGCGGCGGCCGCCGAGGCCGCGGUCGCCGCCGCGCACGCCGCCGCCGAGGUCGUCCGCCUCACCGGCCAGCCGCCCGCGACCCCGCCGCCCGGGCAGGAGCCGGAGGAGGCGGAGCAUGCCGCCGUCUUGAUCCAAUCUGCGUACCGCGGGUACCUGGCUCGGCGGGCGCUGCGCGCGCUCAAGGGCCUGGUGCGGCUGCAGGCGCUGAUCCGGGGGCAGGCGGUGCGGCGCCAGACGGCGGCCACGCUGCGCGGCCUCGAGUCCCUGAUGAGGAUCCAGGCCCGGCACCGCUCCAGGGCCGGCGGCCCCGACCACCCAGCGGUGCUCGACGGCAACGACGACGACGACGACGCCUUCCUGCUCCGCCGCGGCCGGGAGCUCUACGCCGCCGCGGUCCACGUAACAGCAGCAGCAGGCGGGCAACAAGGGGUGGGACAGCAGCAUCCUCUCCAAGGAGGAGAUGCGCGCCGUGACGCGGAGCCGGGAGGAGGCCGCCCUCAAGCGCGUGCGCGCGCUGCAGUACGCCUCCCUGCAGAGCGAGCGGCUGGGCGUGCGGCGGCCGCCGCUGCCCAGGGACGAGGAGGCGGCGGACGCGCUCCACCGGCGCUGGAGCUGGCUCGAGGAGUGGGUCGGCGCGCAGCCCCCCUUCGACAAGGACGUCCCCGUGGCGCACCAGUCGCCCUACAGCAGGGACGACGACGCCAGGGGCCGCCACACGCCGGCCCGGCCCGCCGACCCGCUCGCCGGCCUCGGCGACGCCGACCGGCUCGGCUGCUCGGCCCGGCGGUCGUUCGUGCGGCCGAGGCGUGCGCCGGCGCGGGCGGGCGACUACUUCUACGAGGACGCCGCGCCGUGCUCGCCGGCGCCGUUCCCGGGGUACAUGGCGUCCACGGCCUCCGCCAAGGCCAAGUUCCGGUCCAUGAGCACGCCCAAGGAGCGCUCCGCUGGCGCCGACGCCUUCUCCGAGCACUGCUUCCCGUUCGCCGACCGCAUGCUCUCGCCGAUCCCGUCCAUGUCGCCCAUCCCCUCCAUCGCCAGCGACAUGGGCUUCGCCAGGUCCACCAGGCCGCCCGCUGCACAGAGGUCGCCGCGGGUGGCGGCCAAGGGCCCCAUGACGCCGGCGCGGUCGCGCUCACGGAGGUCGCCGAGCCACCACAGCUUCGGCUCCGAGGCCGCGCUGCACCAGCUGCAGAUGGAGCACUACACUCCAGUCCGGUGAGCAAGACUACAGAGUGUCCCUUGCUUCGUGAGGCCACUGCACUCCUCUUUUGUGAAGAUACAAUUCCCUGCUCCCAUUCUUUUGUUUGUUCACCUUUCUUUCCAGAAGGGUUCAAUCAAGUAUUCAGUAAUGAAAUGCAACAAUGUAACAUGAAUCACAAACUUAGGUGACCAGCGCCAUGAUGUAAGAACGGAUAUUAUGAGCAGUCAAAAGCAUUUUGCAUUGAGAAGAAAAUGCAGUCCACCCGCCAUAUUUUGUUCA